UCAUGACGUCGGUGACGUCAGCGACGUCAGCCUCUCCGCGGGACAUGGCGUGUUCGGCAGCUAACGGUAGCGGAGCGACGAUGCUGUCCUCCCCGCGGGGAUCGAACCCGUCCUCCUGGGUGUCCCUGCUGCUGCUGGGCCUGUGUGUCCUGUCGCUGCCGGCCGGGGCCAAGCCGGACAGCCUGAAGGAGGUGACGGACUCCAGCUGGGAGAGCAUCCUGUCCGGGGAGUGGAUGAUCGAGUUCUACGCUCCCUGGUGCCCGGCGUGCCAGCAGCUGCAGUCGGUGUGGAAGGAGUUUGCAGACUGGGGGGAGGACAUGGGGGUCAACAUCGCCAAGGUGGACGUGACGGAACAACCCGGUCUGAGCGGCCGAUUCAUCAUUACGUCACUUCCUACUAUUUAUCACUGCAAGGACGGCGUCUUCAGGAAGUACCAGGGAGCUCGCACCAAGGACGACUUCCUGAGCUUCGUGGACGAGCAGAAGUGGAGAGCUGUGGAACCCGUUUCCUCCUGGUUCGGCCCGUCCUCGCUGCUGAUGAACUCCAUGUCCGCGUUGUUCAAACUCUCCAUGUUCAUCCGGCGGUGUCACAACUACAUGACGGAGAAGCUGGGGAUCCCGGUCUGGGGCUCCUACGUGAUCUUCGGCCUGGUCACCCUGUUCUCCGGGCUGGCGCUGGGCCUGAUCCUGGUGUUCGUGGCCGACUUCGUCUUCCCCUCACGGCGAUUCGUGUCUCCUGACUACUACCAGAAGAAACAUGCGAUGGAGCAGGCGCGGCUGCUGCAGCAGCAGGACGAGGCCCACGAGGCCGACGGGGAGGACGACGACGAGGAGGAGGACGAGGAUGAAGACGACCGGGACAAGGACGAGGUCUGGAGGAAGAGGCGGGCGUCGCCCGAGGGCCGAUCAGAGCCCGGGGGGCGGGGCCUGUCCGACGAGGCCCUGCGGAGGCGGGCGGUGGGCGGCGGCCUCGAGCAGGACGACGGCUAGAGGGGCGGAGCUUCAGCGGGAGGGGGCGGAGCCUGGCCCCCCUCCAGAAACACCCAGCGUCUCUUCGUCUCCCUCCCCCUCGUCUGACAGGAGCGUUUUAGACUCUCAGCGCCGCCGCCCCCCCCCCCCCCGGACCCUCCUCACCUCCUUCACCUGAGGAAACGUCUGACGUCUAGGUACGAAAACGCCGCUCAGCCGAGUCCCGCCACGCCGUUUACGCUAUGCAUCUGAAAGUUGUGUUACUUUUCUGUUGAAUUGCAUCUCAGCUUGUGGUUAUUUGGACAUUUUUACACUUGGUUUAGAGAUUAAAGCCCUAACGUUCACUUUCUCCUGAAAAAUAAUGUCAAAGAUGCAGAAUCUUCUCUUUGUGGAUCAAUAACGUCGUCAAUCGAUGGCAAAGUAUUUAAAAAUCCUCGGCCGCUUGCAACAAAAACUACUUCGGAGUAAAAGUGAUCAAUGUGAAAAUAAAGGGAGUGGCAGCUUCCUGUGACUGUUGUCGGGGUCGGAGGAGGGGGGGCGGGGCCAAUGUUUGGGGGGCGGGAACCCCUCUGACAUCACCUGACCUGU